GCCAUUUUGUGUGGGGGCCUCAGUGUGUCGCGGGCUGCGCCCUGAGAAGGCCGGGACUCGCGCUCCGUUCCUUCUCCCUCCGUGCGCCACCAUGAGCGACGUGGAGGAGAAUAACUUCGAGGGGAGGGAGUCCCGUUCCCAGUCAAAAUCUCCAGCUGGGAGUCCUGCUCGUGUAAAAUCUGAGAGCAGGUCAGGAUCUCGUAGUCCAUCAAGAGCUUCUAAACAUUCUGAGUCACACUCUCGAUCAAGAUCAAAGUCCAGGUCCAGGUCAAGAAGACAUUCUCACAGGCGUUACACUCGCUCUAGAUCCCAUUCACAUAGAAGACGAUCACGAAGCAGAUCAUAUACUCCUGAGUAUCGCCGUCGAAGAAGCCGCAGUCACUCUCCAAUGUCUAAUCGAAGAAGGCAUACUGGCAGCAGAGUAUGUGCUAAUCCUGAUCCUAAUACUUGCCUUGGUGUGUUUGGGCUCAGUUUGUAUACAACUGAGAGAGAUCUCCGUGAAGUCUUCUCCCGCUAUGGACCUUUGAGUGGUGUCAAUGUAGUGUAUGACCAACGGACUGGACGAUCAAGAGGAUUUGCUUUUGUUUACUUUGAAAGAAUAGAUGAUUCUAAAGAGGCAAUGGAACAUGCAAAUGGAAUGGAGCUGGAUGGCAGGAGAAUCCGGGUUGAUUACUCUAUCACAAAGAGAGCACACACGCCCACCCCUGGCAUCUACAUGGGCAGACCAACCCAUAGUGGAGGUGGAGGUGGAGGUGGAGGUGCUGGUCGUCGCCGUGAUUCCUAUUAUGACAGAGGAUAUGACAGGGGAUAUGACAGAUAUGAAGAAUAUGAUUAUCGUUACAGGAGGCGAUCACCUUCACCUUACUAUAGUCGUUACAGAUCACGGUCAAGAUCUCGUUCCUAUAGCCCAAGACGCUAUUGAAGAAAGAAGCAGUUGCAAAUACAGUUUUUAAACAGCAAGUUCUGACUUUAGAUUUUCCUAUAGAUCCCUUGCAGCUAUCCUAUUAAAAAGAUCCUUGGUUCAUUUAGAAUAUAUGUAUUUUCAGUUCAAAUACCAAUUUUCCAUCUCUUCUUGUAAUACUUCAGGUGUAAUUGUUGUAGUUUUAUGCACUUAAAUAUCUUUAAGUAAAAACUAAAUAGGAAUCCCAGAGUGGUUAAACAUUUUGUAAAUGGUUUUCUUUUGUUUUUAUUUUUUAAGCAGGUGAUUUUUGUUGAAGCCAAUGGAGAGUGGAUAAAGAACUAGUGUGUUAAAACUUGCAUGUUGUAUUCCAGUAGAAAGCUAUUAUUUUUAUUAACCUGUUUAUCCUUCCGCCUGUUACUUUUGGGGGGAAAGUGUUGUCCUGUAUCCUUGGUUAUAUAGCACAAUUCAGUAGAGACUUCUAAACCAGAGUUUUCACUUAUUGUUUUUAAUGUUAUAAUUAAAACAAUAUUGAUGGAAAUUCUGUGGAAAAAGCAAAAAUUCUUGUACAGUACAAAUUCCACCUUAGUAUGUGUUGGAUAAAGUCUCUGUUAAUGUGGAUGGUAUGUGAAAUUUAGUUGAGAUAUUAAUUUGACUUUUCUGAAAAUUGUUCUUGAUCUGUUUGCUUCCCCGUAAUCAAGACAGGCCCAAAUGACUUAGACAUAAAAAUACUUUGUUCAGAGCAAUUCCAUAUGAUAUCAAAAUUAUGGUUAAGCAGGUUAUAUUUGGUAGAAUGCAUUGAAAAACUAUGAUUCCUUCAAAUAAAUUUAAAUUCAACCAG